ACUAGCAGCAGCAGCUGAGUGGAGAGGAGGUGUUUCCCUCUGUCUAACCUUGCAACCAAGGGGUUAAAGUCUGUUCCAUAAACUCUCCUGUGCCUCAAGAAUCUCCUUGUGCAGGCUUUAAAUACUGAUUUGACCAAUCACAUUUUACACACAAGCCUGCCACUGAGAAAAUAACUUACUACUACUACUACUACUACUAGCCCAUAGCUUGCACUGCCUCCUCACACUUUACCACAGCUUCCAGCUAGGUAACACACCACAGCACAGACACGAUGGGAACUGUGAGAGUGUUACUCGUCGUCGUUAUACUGUCACCGUGGGUGCUCUCCUUGACUGGGAAACACCAGGAUCCAACGCUCCGGCUGAAACAACAGGAUGUAUUGUCCGAUAGAGAAGUUUAUCUGGAAGCAAGGAGGUCUAAGAGAGAGGCAGCAUCGUUGUGGCUGAGAGAGGACUAUGACUCCAGAAUGGUCUUCCUGCAUGCUGAUGAACCAGACGAUGCCCCAGCCUCAGAGCUGCCCACAUGCCUGCUGUGUGUGUGUCUGACCGGCUCUGUGUACUGUGAGGAAGUUGUUCCUGAGAUGACUGCUGUGCCAACCCUGCCCAAGGAGACUGCCUACUUCUACGCCCGCUAUAACAAGAUCAACAAGAUCACCAAUAAAGACUUUGCAGAUAUCGUGACUCUGAAGAGGAUCGACCUGACGGGAAACCUGAUCUCUGAGAUCCAGGACGGAGCGUUCUCCAAGCUUACCCUAUUGGAGGAACUCAAUUUGGCUGAGAACCAUCUGGUCAAGCUACCCAUGCUGCCUGGCAAGCUCACAACCUUCAACGCCAACCACAAUCAGCUCAAAACCAAAGGGGUCAAGGCCAACGCCUUCAAGAAACUGAGACAGCUGGUUAACCUGUUCCUCGGAGACAAUGAGCUGGAGGCCGUGCCAGUGAUCCCUGAGAGCGUCCGCAUAAUUCACCUACAGAACAACAACAUCACAGAUGUCACCUCCGACACGUUCUGUAAUGGCAACAACACGUACUACGUCAGACCCAACCUGAUAGAGGUGAGGUUGGAUGGGAACCCAGUGCUGCUGUCCAAGUCCCCCGACAGCUUCACCUGCCUCAAGUCUCUGCCCGUCGGAAAGUACCGCUAAACAAAGGAUUUCGCUAACUUUUCCAAAAUUCCCAGGUUUUCCAGAAAUCCUAGUUUCUUGAAUGAGUAGGGAAUAAACAGGGAAUCCGGAAUACUCCAAACAGGAUUUCUGUAUAACUAGGGGAUUUAGGAAAAGUUUUCCAAUGUUAAUGGACUUCCUGGUUAUUAAAUAACAUUACAGUAGUAAAAACAGACAGCUUCUACAGGGCUUUCAGCCAGACUCAACGCAAUUCCCUAUUCUACUUGACGAAGACAAGACCAUCUGAUAUGACUGGUCGUCUACACAAUUACAUUCCAUUUCUGUCUGAACGUUUCUUCUGUAAAAAAAUUGUGCCCAGGUCUUUCUCAGUGUCUUUCAGAAGGCUAGUGGAUUGGGACUGAAACGUUAGCAAGCUACGUCAGGCUUCCUCUCUGUGUGGAUUGGGACUGAAACGUUAGCGUGUCACAUUAGCAAGCUACGUCAGGCUUCCUCUCUGUGUGGAUUGGGACUGAAACGUUAGCGUGUCACAUUAGCAAGCUACGUCAGGCUUCCUCUCUGUGUGGAUUGGGACUGAAACGUUAGCGUGUCCCAUUAGCAAGCUACGUCAGGCUUCCUCUCUGUGUGGUUUCUGACGGAAUCUCCUUUACAUUUAGACUGGUCUUGAAAAUAAACUUGAACACAUGAGCUAAAUGGUCUGAAGCCUUUGUAAAUACACCUUUUAUUCAAUGUCUGCUUCUGCAUAAUGUAUGAAUUAUGACUUCUUCAAAAUGUUGAGUCAAGCUUUUGGCUUUCUGAAUUCUGUGAAUUACCUUCAUGUAAACUGGUUCUUAAGUAGAAGUUGACAAUAAACGUAGCUUUGAAAUACGUAGCCUGUAGUAAUGUGAACCUAAUGUGUCUCAAAAUUGUAAGCUUUGAUAUUGAAAUGGUGGAAUCAGAGAUGGUAUGAUCCUUUUCUAAAGUCCUUUUAGAAAAGGAUCAUUAGGAAUUACUACCUGUGGUUAUUACCUGUGGUUAUUACAUGUGGUUAUUACAUGUGGUUAAUACAUGUGGUUAUUACCUGUGAUUACUACCUGUGGUUAUUACAUGUGGUUAUUACAUGUGGUUAUUACCUGUGAUUACUACCUGUGGUUAUUACCUGUGGUUAUUACAUGUGGUUAUUACAUGUGAUUACUACCUGUGAUUACUACCUGUGGUUAUUACCUGUGGUUAUUACCUGUGAUUACUACCUGUGAUUACUGCCUGUGGUUACUGCCUGUGGUUACUGCCUGUGGUUACUGCCUGUGGUUAUUACAUGUGGUUACUACCUGUGGUUAUUACAUGUGGUUACUACCUGUGGUUAUUGCCUGUGGUUAUUACAUGUGGUUACUACCUGUGAUUAUUACCUGUGAUUACUACCUGUGGUUAUUACAUGUGAUUACUACCUGUGGUUAUUACCUGUUGUUAUUACCUGUGGUUAUUACAUGUGGUUAUUACAUGUGGUUAUUACCUGUGGUUACUACAUGUGGUUAUUACAUGUGAUUACUACCUGUGAUUACUACCUGUGGUUACUACCUGUGGUUACUACCUGUGGUUACUGCCUGUGGUUAUUACAUGUGGUUACUACCUGUGAUUAUUACCUGUGAUUACUACCUGUGGUUAUUACAUGUGGUUAUUACCUGUGAUUAUUACCUGUGAUUAUUACCUGUGAUUAUUACAUGUGGUUAUUACCUGUGAUUACUACCUGUGGUUAUUACCUGUGAUUACUUGUGGUUAUUACCUGUGGUUAUUACCUGUGGUUACUACCUGUGAUUACUACCUGUGGUUAUUACCUGUGAUUACUACCUGUGGUUAUUACCUGUGGUUAUUACCUGUGGUUAUUACAUGUGAUUAUUACCUGUGGUUAUUACAUGUGAUUACUACCUGUGGUUAUUACAUGUGAUUACUACCUGUGGUUAUUACAUGUGGUUAUUACAUGUGAUUACUACCUGUGGUUAUUACAUGUGGUUAUUACCUGUGAUUACUACCUGUGGUUAUUACAUGUGAUUAUUACCUGUGGUUAUUACAUGUGAUUACUACAUGUGGUUAUUACUUGUGGUUACUACCUGUGGUUAUUACAUGUGAUUACUACCUGUGGUUAUUACAUGUGGUUAUUACAUGUGAUUACUACAUGUGGUUAUUACCUGUGAUUAUCACUUGUGGUUACUACCUGUGGUUAUUACAUGUGAUUCUGACCUGUACAGUAAAACCCCCAAAAUUGUAUUUGACCGUGGCUGUGUUUUUAGAUAUUUUAAUAUAAUUAAAAUACUUGUAAAAAAUUAAACCCUGCAUGAACGACAACCAAACAAGAA